AUGGCGUCCUCCGUGCGCGCCGGGCGGCGGCUGCGACGAGCCCUGCGUCCCGGCGGGGAGCUGGAGGCGGCGCGCCUGCCCCGGGAGCUGCGGGCGCGGCUGGAGGCGGUUCUGAGGAGCAAGAAGGCCGGCGAGGGCGAAGACCCCCGGCCCGUGGUGCCCUUCCGCCUGCUCCGAGAGCUGCACGAGCACCUCCGGGAGCAGGGCUCCUCUGUCUUCCUUCAUGAGCUCCUGGAAGGCAGUGAAAUCUAUCUCCCCGAGGUUGUGAGACCCCCCAGGAAUCCUGAGCUGGUGGCCCGACUGGAACGGAUCAAAGUGCAGUUGGCCAAUGAGGAGUAUAGUCGCAUCACCAGGAAUGUUUCUUGCCAGGCCGCACGGCGUGAUGGGACUCUAGCUGAUUUUGGACGGCAAGUGAGGUCGGUGAAGGCAGUGGUCAUCUCCAUCUUCAACUUCAUCGUCACUGUGGCAGCAGCUUUUACCUGCACCUAUGUAGGAAGCCAGUACAUCUUUUCAGAAAUGGCAGCGAGGGUGCUGGCCGCAGUGAUUGUUGCCUCCGUGGUGGGUCUGGCUGAGCUCUACAUCAUGGUCCGGGCCAUGGAAGGAGAACUUGGAGAGCUUUAACAAGUGCUCUGCCCCCACCCGAAUCAAGUGUUUCCAGGAGUCCUGGGGUGGGGGGCUUUGCUCUCUCUUUUUUUCUUCCACCAUACCUUGGCCCUCCGUGUCAGCAGACACUCCUCUGCACGUGGGCUUAUAUUAAGGUCCAGGGAAGAGGGCUGGGGCUGCUGCCUCAUCCCUGCCCACGUCCCCAAGUCAGACACUGUCUUCGCCCUUAAUACAAACCCAGCCACCUGCAUCAGAACAUCACAGGGCUGAGGUAACUGCCCACCCCAAAGUGGUGCCCAUUUGGACUGAAAGAGGAACAGCAGAGAAUACUGAAGCAGAAAAACCUUCGCAUCCAGCCUCUAGCCAGGCUCUUGGAAAAUAAUUGCCUUUUGUCGAUUUUAGUUUCUGCCUUUAUGUUGACCUCAAGAUUUCUUCUAGCUCUUCCUCUCCUUCAUCUUUGUGUGUUUGUAUAUAUGUUUCCCUCCCUUCAAUGUCUGAGGCUUCCUGCCUUCAAAGCACUGUGUCCUCUGAUUCCAAGAAUGGGGAGAAAGGGGCGGUAAAACCUGUAUGUUUAUUGUUAACCACAUAAAUCCCUCCUCUGGCUCCUCUUGUGUCCAGGGAAAAUGGCUUCUGUGAAUCUUCUCUAGUCUGAAAAGAACAUAGAGUCAGUUCUUCUAUCAUGCUUGUUUUGAAAAAUGCGAAUUUAUUCCACUGGGAUUGAUAUAUUUGGGAACAAUUUGAGCAUAACACAAAUUUUGUGUUUGCUUAUGCACCAUUUCAUCUGACAGAAAACCGCGCCUCUUCACAUAACUCGAGCGUCCACUGUUCCAGCACCCACUUCCACAAGCAAACUUCAGGUCUUUUUCAAGGUGAAGUGCCCUAUAUCUUACGGUGCAUUGGGAGCUGUGGGCUGAUGAGGGCUGGUCUGCAUCUACCUUUUCCCCACCUUCCUCUGUGGGCAAGACCCACCCCCAGCCCCAGAGUAGGCAUCCACUGAAACUACCCUCCCCCUAGGAGCAACUGGAGUUUGCCAGCCCAGGCCCCCAGAGCCUCAGCCUGAGGCUGCAGGCACCACUGCUAUUUAUUGUGUACUAUUUAUGUAUUUCUCAACCAUUUAAUAUGUGUAAAACUGUUACCAUCUUUAUUAGGUGCCCAUCUCUUUUUAAUGGGUCACCGGUGAAGUUUUUGAGUUUUAUCCUCCUAACCUCAUUUUCCCAUAAGCUCUGGUUUUGAUUGCAAAAUUUUUGUAUUGCACUGUGGUUUUUAGGCACACGUGUCAAAGAGAAAAUCUUCAGAUUUUAUGUAUACUGUAUCUAAUGUAGCCUAUGUGGUAGCUUAAUGGAUAAGAAAAGGUAUGUGUGUAUAUACAGACAGACUUAGGCACGUGUAUACAAAGGGUGUUUCUGUAUAUAGAGGAUUUGCAUAAAGUUCUCAAAGAAUUCUUUUUCAGACCCUGUCACCCAAAAAGCCUCCCCUCAAGAGGAAGGCACUUAAACUGUUCUGCUGCUCACAGAGUUGAGCUUGAAGAAAGAAUUUCUGUCCUUAAAUGCUGUUUUCAGUUUGUUUUGUCAUGUGCCGAUAGGAUUUAUACAACUAUUAAAGUUUAAACAUUUAAAUAAAAA